GAAGAAGAAGAGGCAGAGUCAUGGCGGAUCAAUCUACGCCAGCAAGCUCUGUUGAUAUCUACGCACUUCUCAGUCUCCGCAAAAACCCUGACGGAACAAUCACUCGACUCGCAUCCCCAGUCCCCGAAGUGCCAGCCACCGGUGACGGUGUCGAUGCCGACGUGUUCACGAAAGACGUUCCUCUAAAUACGGCCAACAACAUCUCCGUCAGAAUCUACCGCCCUAAAAACGCUACCAAGGGUUCCAAUCUGCCUCUAAUAAUCUACUUCCAUGGCGGUGGUUUCAUCCUCUGCAGCGUCGCUUCUCUACCUUUCAAUGAAGUAUGCAUCCGCAUGGCUCGUGAACUCUCCGCCAUCAUCGUCUCCGUCGAUUACCGUCUUGCUCCAGAGCACCGCCUCCCCGCGGCCUACGACGAUGGAGUCGAAGCAGUCCAGUGGGUCAAGAAUCAAGCCUUAGAUCAAUCCAACGGCGAGCCUUGGUUGAGGGAUUAUAUCGAUUUCUCAAAGUGUUUCAUGAUGGGCGGCAGCGCCGGUGCGAAUAUUGUGUAUUAUGUGGCAUUUCGGUUGUGGAGUUUGGGAUUAGAUCAACUUCAGCCAGUGAAGAUCAGUGGAUUGAUACUGCACCAGCCUUUCGUCGGUGGGGUCCAAAGGAAAGCAUCAGAGCUGAGAAAGGUAGACGAUCCGCUGGUGCCGUAUCCGUCGACGGAUCUGAUGUGGGAGUUGUGUUUGCCAAUCGACACCGAUCGUAAUCACGAUUAUUGUAACCCUAUGGUGAAGGGGUUAUCAGAAUCGGAAAUCGAAGCGUUGAAUAGCCAGAGUUGCUUGGUUUGCAUCGGUGGAGAAGACCCGUUGUUGGACCAUCAGAAGGAAUUUACGAAGAUGUUGAAAGGGAGUGGAGUGAAGUUCGUGGAGUUCUACGAUGAAAAGGCUUGUCAUGCUGUCGAAUUCCGUGAACCACAAAAGUGUGAGGGUCUGUUCAAGGCCUAUAGAGAAUUCAUCUACUGA